GCCUUGUAAUUCCACGGGCCCACUUUGAUUCGAUCCAACUCUCACGCCUUUCGGGACCUUUGUCUCGAAGCUCUACGAAUCUUGGCAACGCUGCCUGCGGCCUUCAUAGCCGUGUUCUUCUCCCAUUCGUCCCUUCGCCUGUGUAGCCUGCUCCGGUACCACGGGUUCAGCGAACGCUAAUCUUAAGCCCUAAAGUAUCCGAAUCAGCUUGGACAAGUCAGUGGUUCAUAGCUUGCCUUUAAGCUAACUUAUUGCCCGCUAUGGCACCCCCAUCCGAAGAUAGUCCCGCCCGCCGGCACGUCAGUAAAAAGCUUCAGAAGAAACGUAAAGAAGACCACCAUCCGACUAUGGAGCUUCCCGACCGAUUAAAAGACCACGGAGACGACGCAGACGAGGAUGUUCUACCACCCAAUCAAGGUGCUCAGAUGUUCAUGAACUUGAACCAAUCGAUAUUUGGCUUGAUUGCAGCCGCUGGAUCAACCGUAGAUUUCAACGAUCGAUUCGAAGGUCAAUCGAGCGACGAGGAUGAAGAAAUGGACCGAGGAGGAAGACCGAAGAGAGGUAAAGAGAAGGAACAAAUUGCGCAGACAACAAUACUGAGAAAGAGUCCCUCGGAUAAGGAAAAGGGAGAGAAACAGAGAAGAAGAUUAUCAGGACAACUCCUACGAUCGUUACCCCAGCUCCCACGACUUGCGACGAGGUCCAAAUUUAGGCAAACAAAAUCCUCAGGUCUCCAAUCUAAAUCAGGUGUAGAGGGCGAAGACGAUGGUCUAAGCUCACCGACUACAGACUCGCGCUCGCCCACGCUCGAUACCGCAACAAGUGAUCGUGAAGAAAGGCUUGCUCCAGUGAUGACCAGGAUGUUAGAAGCCAGGGCAGAAAUGUCGUCUAGGCCAAGUUUUGAUAUUGAAAGACUAUCGGGUGAUCAUCGAAGGGGUGAUGGCGAUGAUGGCCCUAGUUUACUCGCGCGACAACUUAAAAGGAUAUUUGAAUUUGACGAGCCCGAAGAAGUAGUAGAGGAAUAUCCUUGUUGGUUACUCCAGAGCGUGCUGCUACAAGGCUACAUGUACAUCACCGCCAAGCAUAUUUGCUUCUACGCCUAUCUGCCAAAGAAAGCUCACGAAGUUGCCAAGUCUGGAUAUCUAUCCAAGAGCGGCAAACGGAAUCCCAAGUAUAGUCGUUACUGGUUCCGAUUAAAAGGUGAUGUGCUGGCUUAUUAUCGUGAUCCAUCGAAUCUCUACUUCCCACAUGGUCAAAUCGACUUAAGUUAUGCCAUAUCGGCAAAUAUUGACGAGAAAGAAAAAGAUGGGCUAUCUUUUUCUGUUGUCACAAAUCACCGAACCUAUCACCUCAGAGCUGAUAGCGCUCCAAGUGCCAAGGAAUGGGUCAAGAGUUUACAAAGGGUUAUCUUCCGAUCUCACAACGAAGGCGACAGCGUCAAGAUAUCUCUUCCGAUUCAGAAUGUCAUAGACGUCGAGGACAGUCAAAUGAUUGAAUUUGCCGAUACUUGCAAGAUUCGCGUCAUCGAUAACGACGAGACGUAUGCCAUUGACGAGUAUUUCUUUUCAUUCUUCAGCUUUAGCAAAGAAGCAAUUGGUGUCCUCAAAAUCCUAGUAGAGGGUGCGUCGAAACAUCAGGAAUCAAACUCCGAGCUGGAAUCAUCUAAACAACAGCAAAAACUUGAAGGGGUUUCUCGGCACAGCUCAUUAAGCGUUAAGCAAAAAAAUGCCCCUGCCGCACUUGAGCUCAAAUCUCCCAAACUUCGCGAUCAUGUCAGAGCAACACUAGCUCCCCUCUCACCUCAUAGUCCGCGGGAACCAAGUCCCCGAGCUAGUGGUGAUUUAGCCCGCGGCAGUUUUGAUGCCAUUCGACAAUUUGGGCGACGAAGCCUAGAUCUCGAUACAUUAACACGCGAUGCUUCACCUCGUCGAAGUUUUAGCGCCAGCAGGUCGUUAAGCAAGCAUCGCAUGCAUGAUAAUUCGGCUCAACAAGAAAAGUUGGAGUCGUCCGAGUCAUACGUUCAUUCACUCGAAGACCCUAGCACAUCUGCCAUGGCUUCAUCAUCAAACGAAGACCCUUCUGGUAGUCAGAUUUUAAGAGGCAGCGAAGUAUUUCAUAGACCUACCAUUCGUCGCUCCAUAUCGGCUUCUCGCGCAGGCCGCCGCGAUAGAUCGUCUGGUACAAGUCGAUUGCCCCAGAAAUCGGAUGAAUCGCUUGCUUACGACAAACAUCGAGCCGCCACUACGGGGCACGUAUACGAUUUUAGUGGUAGCGACAAACUUGAUCAAUCGACAACAACAUCGGCACCGGGCCUUCAGAAAAUAGCACGAAUGGGCGCAUAUCCAUUACAACGAGCGGGCUUUUUCGCUAAUUAUUUGAACCAAACAAGCCGCCAUAUGAGCAAUUUGUUGGCGACUGAGUCAAUGGGAUAUGUCGAGAAAGUAUCCGGCAUGUGGAAAGGCGGUCGAAAACAUUACCAUGAAGCUCCUGCUCUCAAGCCUGAUGGAGAAAUGGAUGACGAUGAUGGUGUAGAUAUGGAUCGGUUCCGGGCGCACUUUGCCCUCCCAGAAACGGAGAAAUUACAGGCAACUUACUACGGCUAUAUUGUUCGUGUUUUGCCACUCUAUGGUAAAGUUUACAUCAGCGAUCGUCAUUUCUGUUUCCGUAGCUUGCUGCUUGGAACUCGGACGAAAUUAAUUCUUCCGCUGAAGGACAUUGAAACUGCCGAGAAAGAAAAGGGCUUCCGCUUUGGAUAUUCUGGGUUGGUCGUUGUCAUUCGUGGCCACGAAGAAAUAUUUUUCGAAUUCAACAAGGCUGAAUUACGCGAUGAUUGCACCGUUACACUAUUACGAAACCUUGAAACUACGCGCUACCUACGAGACAAAGGCUCGUUAGAUCAAGAAGACCAGGAGGAUGCCGAUGAAGCGAUGGCAGAACGUGACGCACUCCAUGAGGCGCGACUUCAAGAAAACGUCGAACAUGACCUCAAGAUGCCUCAUGAAACAUCUUGCCUAAGCGAUUCAUCACCCACGAUUCUAUUCGACGAUCCUAAAGCUUCAUUCCUCAACUUUAAACCUUCAGAGCCUAUGAAAGUCACUUGCUUGACGAUUGGUUCUCGGGGUGAUGUCCAGCCUUAUAUCGCACUCUGCAAGGGGCUGAUGGCUGAAGGACAUAAACCUCGAAUAGCUACCCAUAAGGAGUUCAAGGAUUGGAUUGAAGGGCACGGUAUCGAGUUCGCGCCUGUUGAGGGUGAUCCCAGUGAACUAAUGCGUAUCUGUAUUCAGAAUGGUACUUUUACGUGGGCAUUCUUAAGGGAAGCAAACUCGAAAUUUCGCGGCUGGUUGGAUGAACUACUUGCAUCCGCUUUUACGGCAUGCAAAGGUUCCGACUUACUCAUUGAAAGUCCUAGUGCCAUGGCCGGUAUUCACAUUGCAGAGGCAUUAGGUAUCCCUUAUUUCCGAGCUUUCACGAUGCCGUGGACCCGCACGAGGGCCUACCCCCACGCUUUCGUUAUGCCCGAACACAAAAUGGGUGGCGCCUAUAACUAUGUCACAUAUGUCAUGUUUGACAAUGUAUUCUGGAAAGCAACGGCGCACCAAAUCAACCGUUGGAGAAAUAAUAUUCUCGGGUUACCCAACACGAGUUUGGAGAAAUUGCAGCCAAACAAAGUUCCUUUCCUCUACAAUUUCUCUCCUGCGGUCGUUGCGCCUCCACUUGAUUAUAGUGAUUGGAUUCGUGUAACGGGUUACUGGUUUUUGGACGAGGGUACUGAAUGGACUCCACCCGAUGAUCUAAUGAACUUCAUUCAGCAAGCUCGCAAAGAUGAUAAGAAGCUAGUCUACGUUGGUUUUGGUUCUAUUAUUGUACCGGAUCCUGCGAAGAUGACACAAGAGGUUAUUGAUGCCGUAUUGAAAGCUGAUGUUCGGUGUGUGCUAUCUAAGGGCUGGUCUGACCGCCUUGGUAAUAAGGAAGCCGCGGUACCCGAACAAGAACUUCCACCGGAAAUAUUCCAGAUUAAAAGCGCACCUCACGACUGGUUAUUCGCACAGAUGGAUGCAGCCGCGCACCAUGGUGGUUCUGGGACAACGGGCGCUAGUUUACGUGCUGGUAUCCCAACGAUCAUUCGUCCAUUUUUCGGCGACCAGUUCUUCUUUGGUAGCCGGGUUGAAGACUUGGGUGUUGGUAUCUGCUUGAAGAAAUGGGGAGCCAACAGCUUUGCGAGAGCCCUAUGGGAGACCACUCACAGCGAAAGAAUGAUUGUAAAGGCUCGAGUAUUAGGGGAGACUAUUCGGAAGGAAAAUGGCGUGGAUACAGCUAUCCAAUGCAUAUACCGAGAUCUUGAAUACGCCAAGAGCCUGAUCAAAUCUAAAGCUGGCAAGAAUGCAGCUACGGCUAGUAGCCCCGACGGCACUAUAGCUGAUGAAUCGGAAGAAGAGAGUUGGACCUUCGUCGGUGGUGAUGAAGUCGACCCUGAGCUCGUUGUUAAGAAAAGCGCACUCUCUCAGAUGGAAGCAAGUAUUAAUGGAGCCACCGGACAGGGUUCCCUAGGAUCGAGAUUUCUCGGUAGAGCCGGCACAAGUUCAAGCAUGGCCAAGUCAACAUCGACUACGACGGGGUCUUAGGGAGAUACCUGUACGGUCGGUUAGUGCCGUGGCCUUUGGGUCGGAACUACGGCUCUAAUCUUGGGAGUUUUCGGUAACGUCUUGAAUCCAAUUCGAAGGUUAAAUAGGAAAGAAACCGAGCAGAAAACUGGUAUCUAACUCAUCCAGUCGCAAGAUGGGAUGAAAUAUUACAUCCUAUCUGAUCAUGGUAUCCGGCUCAGAGGAUUUCAUAGUAUACGACAGUUUACGUUAUGGAUUUGGGUGUGUAUGCGCGCGCAUAGACUGACUGCUCUUUCUGCAUUGCAAGCGCAGGCGUCCGGUACUAUUUUGCAUUUACUAC